GCCACAUCGUACGGAUCCGUAGUCUUCUUCAAACCCGCUUUGUCACUAGUCACAUGUAUUCUGAGCUUACCGGUGGGACCUCCCAUGAUGGGACCUGGCGGUAUGUUUUACAUACAUGUAGGAGAAACAGGUCAACGUCUUGGACCAAGACUCUUGGUCUCAGAAAGGUAUUUCCUACUAGCGACAGUGAUAACACUACCGUCGACAUCAUCGCAAUUCACGGUUUAGAUACUGAGUCGCCGCGAACAUGGACUUACGAAAAUGGGAGCCGGUCUGUGAAUUGGCUCAAGGAUGAAGCCAUGCUACCGGCUGCCGCUCCAGACGCCAGGAUUUAUACAUACGACUAGAACGCCAAAGUGUUCGACAAUGCUCACGUCAAUUAAUCAAGGAUCUGGAAGAGCGUCAUGGUUUUAUUUACGAGCGGGUCUUAGCGCUCACUGAUAUCGCCAACAAUGAUUCCACUCGAUUUCCUGUUCGCUGCUUCUAUG